UUCCAUUCUUGGCAUCCUCAUGGCCAUGUGUCGAUGAAUGGUACUAUCGUCUGGUGGUUGGUGGUGGUGGUGGUGGUGGUGGUGUCCUUGCAAUGGGCCGCGCGAAUGCAAUUUUCCCCUCGUUCCGAAUCAACAGAUGGUCGUUUUCUUUCCCCUAGACUCUUUCCGAAUUUUCUGGAUGUCGUGUGUGCGCAAAGUGCGGUGCCUCGGAAAGGAUUUAAAAACCAACAAUAGGAAGGGACCGUGGACAGUUCGUGUCAGCCGUUUCUCGUUGUUCGUGUUCGAGAUCCUUUGUCUCCCUUGCAUCCGCCAGUUCUCAUGGCCGAUGGAUCAGGACGAUGGCAUGGCGGCGUAAGCGUGUGUAGUUGGCAAGAGGCGAAGAGAAGCGGGAGGAGUAGGAGCAGUAGGAGAAGGAGGAGGGAGGAGUAGAAGAAGAGUAGAGACAGAUAGACGCCCUGGAUGGGGGGGGAAGGGAGUGGAGUGAGCAGGCACGAUGAUAAUAAUAGGCAAUGGAUCGAUCGUAGGCCGGGAGUGUAAUAACAUGCAAUAUGGAAAGGGAAACAACGCAGGUCCAGUCAAGUGGAAAGUCACACCUCUUCGGACAAAGUUGAGCGCUUCGACGUGUUCUUGCCCUGGGGGGCCCUUGAACCACCUUGCUUACGGAGUACCUAUGCUUGGGAAGAGAAGGGAUACCACACUGACAUUGGGACAGAACGCACUGCAGUUGGACUAGCAGGACGGGACUGGACUGGCACACCACACACCACACACGCAGCAGAUUGCAG